UCCAGAUCUUGCAGCUCUAAGAAGCUUCCCUUUCUCACUCCUCACUCCCUCUCUCUCUCUCUCUCUCUCUCUCUCUCUCUACCGUCUUCAUUUUUCUCUCUGCUAAACUACAUUCAAUUCCAUUCCACUAAGCUAUGAAUUGGAUUCAAGAACAGAAUUUAAUCACAGAGAUUCAAACUAAUUCGCCAUGAAAUUAGCUCAUCGUCGUUUGAGUUUCUUCUUCAUUUCGUUUCUUCCUUUAUUCUUUACAUUCUUUACUGCCACAGCUUUAACGUUUGAUUCCUACAUUUCCUACCGGAGAAUUCUGCAUCAGCCGCUUUUUCCUAUUGGCUCUGAGCCACCGCCGGAGAUUGAAUUCUCUCCACCUCCACCACCUCCACCGGAUUCUCCCGCCGAUGAUCAACCAUUUUUCCACGAGCUACCGACGAGUCCAGAUCAGAGUCAACCGCCUCCUUCCUCCAGUAAUGGAACUAUGCCUAUACCGGCUGCUACGGCGCAGCCGUCUAAGCCUACCAAGACUGUUGCGAUUGCCAUUUCGGUUGGGAUUGUGACUUUGGGGAUGCUUUCGGCUCUUGCGUUCUUUUUGUAUCGUCAUCGUGCGAAGCAUCCUGGGGAGUCGCAGAAGCUUGUUGGAGGGAGUAAUAAUCCGGAGAGAUUUAUGGAGGAUUCGAGAGCGCCUCCUUCGAGUUUUUUUUAUAUUGGAACUGUUGAGCCGAGUCAGAGCUCUGUUGUGGAGCAGAAUGGUGCUAAUGGUGCGAAUAGUUCGCCUUAUCGGAAGCUGAAUUCGAUUAAGAGGUCGGAUCGGUAUCGUCCGAGUCCGGAGUUGCAGCCACUACCGCCUUUGCCUAAACCGCCGGUGGUUAUGUCGCCUCCGGCUUUGUCAUCUUCUGAUGAGGAGAGUCUGGAUACGGCAUUUCAUACUCCGCAAUGCUCGUCGAUUGUUAGUCAUGAGGAUGGCUAUUUUUCACCGGCUUCUCGUCGGAGUAAUUCGGUUAAGAGCUGUUCAACGGCGACUUAUAAGAAUGACCAUAUCAAUUCCAAUCCUCCUCCUCCCAUCCCGCAUUCCAAAAGAACCUCUCCUAAAUCGAGAUUUUCGGUUUCUUCGACGAAGCGUAAUUCGUCUCAGCCUCAGCCACCGCCACCGCCGCCUCCUCCACCGCGUUCGUUUGAUGAUAUUCGUGCUACUCCGAAUUCGAAAGAAACAAUGCCUUUCUCUGCCACGAGACCUAGAUUUUCGAAGCCUCCUCCCCCGCCGAAUUUGGCGCUUCUUCAAACAAUUAGCAAUUCAGCUACAUUUCCUCAAGUUCCGCAACCUGCUGGAGCUCCACCUCCGCCUCCCCCUCCGCCGCCUCCUCCCCCACCUCCACCUCCACGGCCGACGGCGCAUCCGGCCUCUUAUUCAACACCACAAAAACUAGGGUUAUCAGAAAACAGAAUGUCGGCAGUCACUCCUCCAGACUCCUCUAAAUCACAAUCCUACUCAACAGCGAGAUCAAACUCAUCUCCGAAAUCCACACCGAGUUCUACGGCAACAAAUUCUGCUAAAGAAGACGCUGUCCUAAGCACUAAUUCUAUGGAGAGGCUGGAAGCAGAAGAUGCAGAUGGUGCAAAACCGAGAUUGAAGCCCUUGCACUGGGACAAAGUACGAGCAACAUCAGACCGAGCUACAGUCUGGGAUCAACUUAAAUCAAGCUCAUUCCAAUUAAACGAGGAUAUGAUGGAGACACUUUUCGGCUUCAAUUCUGCAAAUUCUGUUCCCAAAGAAGCCACGAGAAAGUCUGUUCUUCCCCCCGUUGAGAAGGAAAACAGGGUAUUAGACCCAAAAAAAUCGCAGAACAUAGCAAUACUUCUAAGAGCACUUAAUGUCACGCGUGAUGAAGUGAUCGAAGCUCUUCAAGAUGGUAACCCAGAAGGCUUUGGUACUGAGCUCUUAGAAACUCUUGUAAAGAUGGCUCCAACCAAAGAGGAAGAGAUAAAACUUAGAGAGUACUGUGGUGAUGCUUCAAAAUUAGGGACUGCCGAAAGAUUUCUCAAGGCAGUGCUUGAAGUUCCAUUUGCCUUUAGAAGAGUUGAGGCAAUGCUGUACAGAGCCAAUUUUGAUUCAGAAGUAAAGUACCUGAGAAAAUCUUUCCAAACCCUUGAGGGUGCAAGUGAAGAAUUAAAGAACAGUAGACUUUUUCUUAAACUCCUUGAAGCAGUUCUCAAGACAGGAAAUAGGAUGAAUGUUGGUACGAAUCGCGGUGAUGCUAAAGCCUUUAAGCUUGAAACCCUCUUAAAAUUAGUAGAUAUAAAGGGCACAGAUGGAAAAACAACAUUGCUUCAUUUUGUUGUUCAAGAAAUCAUCAGAUCAGAAGGUGGUGCUGAUUCAACUAAUGACAACCUUCAACCCCGUUCGCAAGCUAAAAUCGAGGAUGAAUUCAGAAAGCAGGGCUUGCAAGUUGUGGCUGGACUAAGCAGAGACCUCACCAAUGUCAAAAAAGCAGCAGGGAUGGACUCAGACGUCUUGAGCAGUUAUGUCACAAAGCUCGAAAUGGGGCUCGAAAAAGUAAGGUUGGUCUUACAAUUCGAAAAGCCUGGAAUGCAGGGAAAAUUCUUCAACUCAAUGAAAACAUUCUUGAAAGAGGCAGAAGAGGAAAUAGUCAGGAUCAAGGCUGAUGAAAGACAAGCUUUAUCGCUCGUGAAAGCAGUGACCGAGUAUUUCCAUGGCGAUGCAGCUAAGGAAGAAGCCCACCCCUUCCGAAUCUUCAUGAUCGUUCGGGAUUUCCUAACCAUACUCGAUCAAGUAUGCAAAGAAGUCGGGAGAAUGCAGGAUGGAGUAAUGGUGGGUGCUGCUAGAUCCUUUCGAAUAUCCGCUACAGCCUCACUCCCAGUCCUCAGCAGGUAUAAUGUCAGACACGACCGAAGCUCCGACGAGGAUAGCUCAUCUCCAUGAACUCUCCCAUAACUAUACCUUUUAGGAAGUUCAUCAGAUUAGCUUUAUCAUCCUCCCCAUUAAUGACAACAGAAGGAGAAUUUCAUUAGUUACUUAGACAAUAAGCAUCUUUCAGACGAAAAACAAAAUGGUGAGCAGAGAAUCUCCUUUCGAGAAAGCGAUACCCCGACGAGAUUUGUCCAUUACUCAAACCCGAGUUUCCUACAAGGGAAUCACGAUAGAUUAGAUAUCGCAGCAAAAAGGCAGCAAAGACACGAAAAUACAGCAUGGGAAGGGAGCAAUGGCGACACACUGAAAGGUAUGUUUCAAUGAAAUAAUAAUUUAAAAGAAAAAAAAGAAAGGAUAUAAAAGAAGAAGAAAGAAAGAAAGAAAGAAAGUGAUUUGAAACGAAAACACAUUUCCUUCCCUAAAAAUUAUUCCAUUUGAGAAUACAAAACUAGUAGAAUAGGACAGAUUUUCUCUAUAUUUAGAUCAGAUUCCUACACAUUUCCAGAGAAAGUAGAAUGUUUUUUUUUUUGACUUGUUUUGGUAAUAUGUUCUUCUUGCAUUUGUUCAAUGUUUAAUAACAAUAAUAAUAAAUAAAUAUCAAAAAUUUUUUGUUCAAAAAA